AGACUGAAACAACAACAGAAAGGCGUCCGUGGUGUUCGGUUCGCGAGUCGCGCAUCCGCAUCAGUUUUUUUUUCGAAAAUUAAUUAAUUAAAUUAAUGCAAAAUGCGGCAGCUGAAAAAUUGCGUUAAAAGAAAGCUGCGCUAAAGCCUGGGCAGCAAUUGAAUUGUUAAAUAUGAUCAACAAACUAGCAGCCAAUUUUUAAGUUGUACUUGUGUGUGUGUUUGUGUGUGUGUGUGUGUUUGUGUCUGUGCUUGCGUGCGUGUUUAUGUGUGCGUUUUUGCCUGCGUGUAAGUGAAAUAAAAGCAAUUGUAAAUGAGUGCGCAAAGAAGUUGUGAAGUGGCGGCAGCGACAGCCAAGCCCAAAACUUCAGUCAAGCAUUACGAGAGAGUAGAACGCUACAAAUAUUAAAACAAAGUGCAAAUGACGAGAGCGCCAAACACAUUGGCAAAUUAAAUACAAGUCAAAAAAGAAAUACCGCAGUAAGCAGCGGUCAGCAGUUCCAGGUGUUCAGCAAAUUGCAGCAGCAGCAGCAACAACAACAACGACUACGAAAACAGCAGAAACACACACUCACACCCGCACAGGGAGCGGCAGCAGCAGCAGCAGUGGGCGACAACGUCAGCGUCGCGCAAUGACCGAGGAAUUGAAAGUGGUGCUGCGCCGCAGUCGCAGUGAGCAGCAUUCCGGUUUCGGGUUUUCGCUGCUCGGCACAACUGGACCGCCGCAUGUCAUCUACGACAUUGUUGAGAAUUCGCCGGCCGCCGAUUGUGGUGCGGUCGAAGCGGGCGACGUUAUAUUGAAGGUCAAUGGCAUCGACGUGCAUCGUCACACCACAAAAGAAGUGCUUAAAUGUUUGCGUCUAUCGGAGAACUUAGUAACCUUGGAACUGAAACGAGAUCCCAAGCUCAAGGCGCGCAUUAAAGAACAGUUGGCCAAUACGCAGAGUCCGCAUUACGUGGACAUUGAAUCUCCCGUCAAUAUCUACGAUUACAGCAGCAGCCCGAACGCUGCCUCUCCCAAGCAUCAGCGCCAGCAUCAGAAGGGCGGAACUACGCCCACAAAUGCUGGUUCGCCAGCGUUGCGUUAUAAGUCGCCCACGCAUUUGCCAUCGUUGCGUCAGAAUUCGCCAACUACAACAGCGAUAACGUCAAUUGCGGCAGCGUCCACUACAACCUCAAUUUACACGCACAGCCGCAACUCUUCCGCCAGCUCGACCAAGAUUCAAAUGGUGGAAUCCACCACAAUUACGACGAGCAUUAGCAACAGUAACAUUGCCACAUCACCCACUGCAGCUGUCAGCGGCGCUACCUCGCCCACAUUUCGCCCUUCACGCAUUCCACAGGCGCUCAAAGCCGCCGCCCAAAAGCCAGUGCCACAAGUGCAGUCGCCGCAGCAUAAGCGACCACGCCCCUCCCAAAUACCAACGAAAGCAGCUAACGGCAACGGCUUGCAGCCGCUACAGCACUCGAACAGUUACAGCGGGAGCCCAGCCGUUUCCCGGCAACGCCACACGGAACGCGAGCCAGAGCCGGAACCGAAUUCGGCACCGCCGCAGCCGGCAAAGGCGCCACGCUUUGAGGCUUAUAUGAUGACCGGUGAUUUAAUAUUGAAUCUAUCAAGAACUCCCCAAUCCAGCAAUUUGCUAACGGCUCAAGCCAAGAAGGUGGACAGUCUGCGGGAUUUUCCGAAACGCAAUCUGGCGAAUGCACGUGCCAAUGGCGCCUUAGCACCGCGUGCCUCCGGCGAGUCAUCGCCGACAUCUUCUUCAUCGGUUGAUUCGCCAACUAAUACGGCUAGUUCGGAUUCCAAUAAACGUGAGGCAAGGCUUCACCGUGGCCAGCAGCAACAACAGCAGCAGCAGCAGCAGCAGCAACAGGAACGCGACAGCAUCAACAACAGCUACAAUCGUCGGGAUUCGCUGACCAACGACACUUUGUUAAUGUGCGAAGAGCUGGAGCGCGAUGAGGAUGCCACUACGGACUAUGGGGACAAUAAACGCCAGCAGCAACGUCAACAGCAACAGCAACAACAACAGCGCUAUCGACAGCAGCAGCAGCAGCAGCAACAACAACAACAACAGCGCUAUGAGUACUACCAAAACGAAGAUGAGCUGGAGGCAGAUCAGGAUGAACGCGAAGAAGAUCAAACACAUUACGACAUCACAAACAUCGAAACGUACCAGAGUGGUUUGGGUCGCGGUGACGAGGACGACAGCGAUCGCCAGUGUUUGGUUGAUGAAGACGAUGAUGAUGACUAUGAUGAGGAGGACAACGAUGCCGGCGAUGAGGAAUACUCUACAAAUUCAUUAGGCUCCGGUUCCGGUUCAACCAAGCAGCGUAUGCGUAUGCUUAAGCAGCGUAGCGUUAUGCGGCAACAACAGCAACAGCGAAAUCGCGAUGCCGUUGAUUGUGCUGCACGUGUGACCGCUGGCUAUUCGGCGUCCACAUCCAACUCAUCUGGCACGGUUAAAAGCGAGGCGGUUCUGGGCCUGGGUCAGGAUGAGACCUCCUUCUCAGUGCCAACGUCACCAAUUUCGCUGUCGACGCCUCUAAUUGAUAAGGAGACGGCCAGCUCGGUGCCCACCAGCCCGGAGCCCAGCUCACUGGCGGCCGAGUCGAGUAAUGCGGCCGCUGGCGUUGGGGCCGUUGUGGUGCGUCGCCACAAUGGUCACGUGGUGCGCAAGUGUGACGCUGCAGGCUUUCGCACCAGCAAGUCUGAGGAUCAUCUGCAGCAGGUACAGCGCGAGGGCAUUGCGGCUGUGAUACCCAUUGAUAUUGAUGAGGAUGUGAAUAGCUCAUUGAACACGCUGCUGGAUACGCGUCACGAUUCAGAAGAUUCCCAGGCAUCGAAUCGUGAUCGCAUCGUUUGGACUUACAAUGCGCCACUGCAGCCGCAUCAGUUGCAGCAGUUGCAGCAGCAGCAACAACAACAGCAGCAACAGCAGCAACAGCAACAGCAGCAGCAAUACUACGGUCAGCAAUCGCAUUCAAAUUCACAUUCAAGCUCCAUUAGCUCGUCGCCACAGCAUUCGGCAGCCGGCAGUCCGGCCUCGCCCACGUCGGUGUCCUCGUCCGUUAUGUCCUCGUCAGGCUCGAAAAGCGCACAGCAGCAGCUUCAGCAAAAUCAGCUACAGCAACAGCAGCAAAGGGAACAGCCAUCUGUUUUUGUGCCGGGCGGCAUGGUACUUAGCGAUCCCAGCGACUCUGACUCCACCAUACUCGUGUCGGAUGCGGCAGCCCAGCAGCGCCAACAACAGCAGCAGCUGAAGCAACAGUUGCGCGCCCAGCAACAGCAGCGGGAACGUGAACGAGAUCCGUCCGAGCACAAGCUGGUCAUUCAGGUGCGCGGCAUGGAUAAUAGCAACACCAGCAGCGCAACACGAUCUGAAGAGGAUGGCAACACACUAACAGAGGAGCCGCUUACAGCGAUUGGGGCGCGUGAUGGAUCGCCGCCCGUUUCGGAUGAUGGCAGCGAUGUUGAGUCAUUGCACUCGUAUCACUACUCGCCCAAAGCCGUGGACAUGCCCUCGGCCAUACGCCUGGCCAAAAGACUGUACUCUCUCGAUGGUUUCAAGAAGAGCGAUGUGUCGCGGCAUCUAAGCAAAAACAACGACUUUAGCCGCGCUGUAGCUGAUGAGUAUUUGAAGCAUUUUAAUUUUGAAAAGAAAUCCUUGGAUCUGGCGCUGCGUGAAUUUUUGCAGCAAUUCUCGCUAUCUGGCGAGACACAGGAGCGCGAACGCGUGCUGGUACAUUUCUCGAAACGUUUCCUGGACUGCAAUCCCGGCACAUUUAACUCACAGGAUGCUGUGCACACUCUAACAUGCGCCAUUAUGCUGCUCAACACAGAUCUGCAUGGUCAAAACAUGAAUCGCAAGAUGAGCUGUGCCGAAUUCGUUGACAAUUUGGCCGAUCUCAACGAUGGCGAAAACUUUCCGAAGGAUGUGCUCAAGUAUUUGUAUCAGGCCAUCAAAACCAAGCCACUGGAAUGGGCUCUCGAUGAAGAGACCGGGGAGCAGCAGCAACAGCAGCGCGCCAACAACAGUACCGCACUGACUGGCGUUAGUCAGAAUCCUUUCCUGGACGCACCUGAAUCGGCCACGGCGGUGGAGUACAAAAAGGGCUAUGUGAUGCGCAAGUGCUGCUACGAUACUAGUUUCAAGAAGACACCGUUUGGAAAACGCUCUUGGAAAAUGUUUUUUAUAACGCUGCGCGAUCUUGUUUUAUAUCUGCACAAGGACGAGCACGGCUUUCGCAAAAGUCAAAUGUCCGACAAUUUGCAUAAUGCAAUACGCAUACAUCACGCACUGGCCACCAUGGCCAACGACUACACUAAGAAGCAACAUGUGUUCCGGCUGCAAACAGCCGAUCAGGCCGAGUAUCUGUUUCAGACCAGCGACUCCAAGGAGCUGCACUCCUGGGUAGAGACCAUCAACUAUGUGUGCGCAGCGUUUUCGGCGCCGCCUCUAGAAGGCGGUGUGGGUAGUCAAAAGCGUUUCCAGCGUCCGCUGUUGCCCAGUGCACAAACUAAACUGUUGAUGAAGGAGCAGCUUGAAUCGCAUGAGUUACAAGUUACUCAACUAAAGCAUGAACUGAAGGAGCAUCAAAAGACGCCCGUGCCCAGCAAAGGUUUGCCGCUGCAGAAUCACAAGGAGAAGGAGGCGUACUUGCAAUAUGAGCUCCGUCGCUACGAGGCUUAUGUAAACAUUUUAACCGCCAAACUGCUCACCGAUCAGCAGCCAAUGGAGCUGCAAUGUCAGCAGGCAGCCCCGCCAACACUUGAGGAGGACGCGGACACAUUCCCUGUGGGCACAGGCAGCAUGCCCACAACGCCGCAAAGUAUUAAUACUCAACAACAGCAGCAGCAGCAGCAGCCACAGCCGUCAACCACUAGCAGAAAAGAGAAGAAAAAGAAAUAAUUACGCAUUUUCGUUUCGCUAUUGAUUUUCAUCAUUUUAACUAUACACAAAAAAACACUUUGGCAAUUGCCCAUGUCUAUGAUAAAAUACUCCAAUUGCCACAACACAAAACACCACACACACAACUCGCACACCAAUGCAUCACUCACAUGGAGGGGGACUAGAUGAUCACUCGAUGACGAUGAGCAAGGGAUCGGGGGAGGGGGGAUUAGAGACUAACUAAAAAGAAAAAACACUCGCGCUUUGCGGCUGUGCCGUGCGGCGCCCAAAACAGUCUGCCAAUAAUAACAGAAUUUAUGUACAUUUAUUAAGCUACAUAAAACAUAAUGAUGAUGAUGAUGAUGAUGACUAUUUGUAAUCGCAAGUUGUUAAGGGUCUUUGGAUCCUGUACACAAAACGUUCGUUCAACAGAGUACUAAAAAGAUCGAAAAAAAAAAAGAUUUACAGCCCAAUUAUUUGGUUUUUAAAUAUGAAAUUUAACCCACGUCGGUCUUAGAAUCUAAUAUAUAGCAUAUUAACUAUAUAUCGCAUUAUGAUUGCAGGCACUUUUGCUGAGAGCUUAACCCUGCCAGUCAAGUCCUAACCCCUAGUUUUCACCUAAAUUGUUAAUUGAAGUCUUAAAGAAGCCGCUUACGCUCCUAAAAUUACCUUUGUUCUAUUAUUUGGCAAUGGACUCUGCUGAACGGCAAUUUGUUCUGUAUCCCUGCUUAUUCACAUCAAGAAUACUUAUUAUUUAAAAAAAAAAAAACAAAAGAAACUUACAACAUUACCUAUGCUAUCAUUAUAAAUGAUAAAAAUAAAUUAUUGAAACACUUUUUCUAUAUGCAAUAACAUCAAUAACAACAACAGCGAAUUAUGUCGCAAAGGUUACAUAAAUAUAUAUAUAUAAUUUGCUCGAUUGGCCUUUUGCGAUAAGUAUGUUUCUCCAAUAUUUUGUACGGUUGCAAAUACAUAUAUAAAUAUAAUUAUUUAUAUGACAACAAUUGGUUGAUUACGCGACAAGUCCACGUAGUUAGAAUAUGAAAUUAAAAGAAUCGAGAAUGAAUCACACAUAAGAAUUACAAAUAAAACGAAAUACAAUAACUUUGACUACAUA